UGAUUGCAGCUUGGCAUUGUUGAGAAAAAGAAGGAGAAAUAAUUUGGUAGUCCUUCAAAUUUAAGGAUGCAGCAGCUACUGAUCCUAGCAGCAUUGGAACAAAAUGCAACUCAAAGGUCGCUGUAGAAGCUGAAUCGGCAAUCUUCUUUUUGGGAGGUCAACUGCAGCUGCAAUGAUGACCACUUUUUCAAACCAGAUUUUCGCAUGACAUGUGCCAGUUUUAACACACUCUGUGGCUUUCUCGGCAAUUAAAAAAAAAAAGCCGAUGCAAGCUGGCGCACGGCAAUUUCAUUGCAAAACGAGUAGCAAUCGCUUUAUUUGCCCUUUGUUCAGCUGGAGAGUAUCGAGUAGUAUAUGAAUUGUUUGGUGUUGGCAAAUCAACUGUGUGUGCAAUAUUGAUGGAAUUCUGCGAAGAAGUGUGGCAAGCGUUGUCCACACAGUAUAUAAAGAAAUUGCCACCCACGCAAGAAAUAGUUGCUGAAUGUGUGAAUGGUUUUCAUCGCCGUGGCUUUCCACAAUGUCUGGGAGCAAUUGAUGGAUGUCACAUCGAAAUAAAACCAAACACGACUGAUGCAACUGACUAUUACAAUUAUAAGGGAUGGUAUUCUGUUGUACUUCUUGCGCUUGUGGAUUACAGAUACCGUUUUUUAUAUAUAAAUAUUGGUGCACCGGGACGUUGCAAUCACUCCCACAUAUAUAAUCCAUCCCUACUUAAAAAGGUGUUAACUGAGGACUAAGUAUUGGCGGCCAAUAAGAAGAAUAUAUGCACAGAGACCGUUUUUUUAUAUAUAAAUAUUGGUGCUCCGGGACGUUGCAAUGACUCCCAAAUAUAUAAUUAAUCCUUACUUAAAAAGGUGUUAACUGAGGACGAAGUAUUGGCGGCCAUUAAGAAGAAUAUAUGUGGUGUACAAAUGCCGGUCUGUAUCUUGGGGGACUCGGCAUUUCGUUCCACCACUUUAAUGAAGCCAUACGCCUUUUCUACGGCCUUGACAGAGAGACAAAAAUUAUUCAAAUUAUUUCAAAGUACAGAAGAGUGGUAGAGAAUGCUUUCGGUCAUUUAAAAGUCCGUUUUCGUCGCAUUGGAAAAGGCUUAGAUAACCGAAUAGGGAACGCGCCGAUGAUUAUUCGAGCUUGCUGUGUUUUACACAACUUUUUAAACGAAGAAUGUGAUAAUAUUAAUCAAAUAUGGUUGGGAAAUUUGGAAUAAUUUGAACGAAAUCGGGAAAACCCUUCGCAAAAUGUUGUACUUGGUGAUAACGAAGCCUCAGCUGAAAUCAUAAGACAAUCGUUGUGUUCUUAUUUUGGGAAGUAAAAGUUAUUCUUUCUCCAUAACUUUUUAUUGAAAAAAUUUAUUUAUUUAUUCGCAUUCAGAAAGU